UCCUCCUUUCCCACAAUAAACCGGCUAAUCUUCUCCCUUGGUUCUUUCACUCCUCCCUCUCUACCCCUUCACAUAGCUGUUUCUUUGGGGGGGCUUUCGAGUAGCGGCUCAACCUGUGUUUUUCGGUACAUACCGGUACAGGGGAGCUGGGUUUUGAACUCCGGUAGGGCAGCUGCACCUCGAACACCUUUCUUCUCACAACAACUGCAGAGAGUAAAAAUCUCUUAUACACCAACCUGCUGGCAUCAGUCUCUUUUAAAAGGGAUUUCAUCUAACAUUUCCACUUUGAACCGUGGGCUCUGGGCGAGGUAUAUUCCGUGGAAUAUUUUCGCCGGGGGAACGGGGGCUGGACACAAGCUGCGCGCAUCGCCAUUAAUCGUAUCGCAACAACCUAUAGUGGUCACUUGAAUUACUUCCGCUCUACCGAGAACUUUGGCCCAGACAUUGGGGACUUUUUCUUUGCAGCUGUCCAUCGCAUCACACCCUGGGUGCACAACGCUAACGACAAUCGUCGCUUCUGAGAUAAUCCUCUUAAGGUAUCACGGCCCCUAUAUUAUCUGUAAAUAUCUCUUGUUUGUUUUUCUUGGCCGAAAAAAAUAUUAUAAUGAGCCGAGCGAAGCAGCGAGGUAGCCAACGUGGCCCGCGCCCCAGGGUUGGUCGUCCUCGUGGUAGGGGAAGGAAAAGCACCGAUCAAGGGAGUAUCGCCAACGGUUCAAUAACUCCAACACCCCCUCCUCAAGAAGGAGAGUCUAUGGAAGCUGAAGAGGCGGAACCGGAACACAUUGUUCCGACCCCGGCCCCUAGAACUUCAGCGCGACAACCAACAAUGCCCUUGCAAGCUACGCUCCGGCGGCGAAAGGGAGCUCAAGAUAUCUGCAUAAGUAGUAAGGCUUCAAAGGAGAGCCCAGUGCAUAUCGAAGCUCCAAAUAAUCCGGUAGCGGAGGUGCCAGGAAAUCAGGAGCGCCUUGAUGAUGGCGGAGGUGAAGGCGUUAGCAGGGCCGAUAAUGAUGAAUUGGGAGGCGGCGCUGGGGGGGACGGAGGGGGCCGCGAUGGGGGCGAGGGUGAAGGUAGGGGUGUAGAGGUGGAUGAAGGUGAAGUGAAGGAUGAACAAGGGGAGGAUGAAGGGCCUAAUAUCGAAGAGCGACCGCUUAAGAGGAGACGCACCAAGCCGGAUAUAACCCAGGACGGUCUAGUAGGCACCUCUACUAAUACAGAUAAAUCACCACCCUCUAGCACGAAGACUGGAAGAGCUAGAUCACGGAGCAGAGCUCCUGUGACAAAAAGCAGGGGAGGUGUAGAGGGAGUAAGAGGCAGAGGACGGCCCGGGCGGGGAAAGGGCAGUCGCCAGACCGGAGGUCCAGGUUCUCGGGGGGGGAAAGGCGCAUAUCGGCCUCGGAAGCCAAAAAUCGCGCCUCCCAAUGGAGAAAACGCUGUUAAGACGGUUACUGCUGCUGCCCCUGCAGUAGAGCCCAAGACGGCGCGGGUUACUAGUGAUGUAACAAAAUACGACUGGACUUCGGAAUUGCGAAAGGAUGUAUCGAUUGUGCGUCCGACUAGAGAUCUUACGCUCGCACAAUUGAGUGUAACAGUUACCGAAAAAUCAGCUUCUCUUGAACAACUGAAGGAACGUCAGUACGCUCUGAGAGAAACCGCCAAGACUUAUGCUAGGACUAUGGUGAAUUUAAAUCGCGAGCGUGCAAGCCAGGCCCUGAAAGACCUAAAAAGCGAUAAAGAUUACUUCUUUAAGACGCCCUUUUACCAGCAAAUCCAGGAACGGUUAGAAAAGAAGGUAGAUGAUCGCAUCUCCGUGCUGGAACGAACACUCGAUUUUAAAAAAGAGAAUGCAUCAAAAGUAUUGAAGGCUGAGGAGUGGGCUGCCAGAGAAGCAUUUGAGACGAAUUUUGUUGAGUUGUGUGAGCAUACAAUCCAAAGAUUUUUACGGGAAGGGCACGAGCUUUCAGAGUUAUGGGCCGUAAAGGACCCGUAUCUGAACGAACAUGUGCUGCGGAGGUGUAAACUUGACCAUAUUGAUGAGGUUACAAUGACAGACCUCAUCGAAAACUUCAUUACACGUGAAGGCCGAAACCGCUCAAUUUUAGACCAACCGCAGAUUGUCACUCGGUCCAAUCAGGGAUUGUAUGAUCGAAAGGUUCUCGAGACCACGGCUGAGCGAUAUAGGAGAGCAUUUAGCGCUAUUGUCUUAAGCGAACUUAAGGGGGUGGAGGCGCCCCCAGUGUCGCCGCCGCCCGUGGGACCCCCGGAAAUCACCCAGUGGGGGGUUUCUGUAAGCAAUGAUGAGAGCACCGCAGGAGAUAACAGUCCUUCCGGCACUGAGGCAGCUCUGCCUGACAACGAAGAAAACUCGGAUGGACCGACUCGGACCAGUGGUCUCCAAUUUGUGUUGGAUUCCCGAUUUAGCAAAAGCGACCCUGCGCAAUUCCCCCGCCCGAGGAAGGUCACGACACGCGAAGGAUGGGCUGUGGAAGCACUGGUUCAAUUCCGCGAUGGAGUAACUGAACUUUCCCUAGAGGACGAACCCUCUGUCGAUGACAUCGAGUGUACCAGUCAAAAAGACCUAUCGGAUAUCGGGGAUGAGCCAGAACCGGGACCGCCAGUCAAGAUAUCACCGAGAAGAAGCCUUUUCUCCCUCCAUGCUGGUGGGAUAUGCUCUGAGCUAGGACCAAAAACAGGCAUUUUACAAACUAAGACACUCCCCCCCAAGAACUCCAUGGAAGCUAGCCCUACUCCGUACGGGUCCGAUGCUAGAUCUCCGGCUCCACUAUCAGCAGCUGUUAGACAUUCUGGCUUUGAGGCGCCGGGAAAGGCUGUUCGCAAUCCUCCACCGCCUGCGGCAAUUAGUCCGGCUGGCGAGCCCCAAGUGGUUCAGAACGGCUUCCUUGUCGAUGGCCAAACUUGUGACUCACAUGGUUAG